ACACUGUUGGAACUGCAAAAAGAAAUUCUGAAAUUGAUCCGGAAUAAUUCAUUAAGAUAUUUCUGUUGGCAGCCUACACAAGAAGGAUCUUGGAAGCAUGAAGCAUAUUUGUUGUUUCCAGUUCAUUUGGAUGGAACAUUGUUGGACAAUGCUAACACUAUGAAAGCUAAAAAGGAGUUAUUCUCAACCACUGAUGUUCUUCAUAUAUUUAGACAGCUUUGUGCAGGACUCGAGCACAUGCACAAUUUAGAUCCACCAUAUGCUCAUAAUGAUGUCAAGCCUGGUAAUGUCCUCAUAACUCAUGGGAAAGGACAACCACCACUAGCCAUAUUGAUGGAUUUUGGCAGUGCUCGGCCUGCAAGGAGGCAGAUUCAAUCUCGUUCUGAGGCACUACAAUUGCAGGAAUGGGCAUCUGAGCAUUGUUCAGCACCUUUUCGAGCUCCUGAGUUGUGGGAUUGUCCAAGUAAUGUAGAUAUCGAUGAGAGAGCUGAUAUUUGGUCAUUAGGAUGCACUUUAUAUGCGAAAAUGCGACAAUGUUUUUUACCAUGUGAUUUAAGAUUUAUUGGUUUAAGUUUUUGGGUCUUUGUCUCCUGAGAGCUAUAAUAUAAUUUGAUGACAAUGUUGAAUGUUUUAAACUAAUUUGUUGAUUGUU